AUGGAUUUAAAAAACUACUCCAACCAAAGUGGGAGCAGAGGAAACAUUUCUUUUUGUUAUGAACAUCAUCCUAACUCAUGUCACAAGUUUGUCUAUCCUCUGUCUAUGAGACUUGUGACUUAUUUUGUCAUUGGUGUUAUUGUGCUUCUUACAUUAUUUGGAAAUCUUGUGGUGAUCAUAGCCAUAACUCAUUUCAAGCAGCUGCACACACCAACUAACUACCUCAUUCUCUCUCUGGCUGUAGCUGACCUGCUUGUAGGAGGGGUGGUGAUGCCUCCCAGCAUGCUGCGCUCUGUGGAGAGCUGCUGGUAUUUGGGGACUUUCUUCUGUAAAAUUCACAGCAGCCUUGAUGUGACAUUGUGCACCACUUCUAUUUUAAAUCUGUGUGUAAUUUCUGUAGAUCGAUAUUACGCAGUCUGUCACCCCCUUCUGUACCACAGUAUAAUGACCCCUAAUGCUACUGCGUUUAUGAUUGGUGUAUGCUGGACUGUAUCUGCUUUUGUAGGAUUUGGGAUGAUAUUUUUAGAGCUUGGUAUUCUGGGAGUUGAGGAUUAUUACUACAGUAAUGUUGCCUGUGAGGGGGGCUGUAUCUUGUUUCUGAGUAAAACAGCAAGUGCUGUGUUCACAAUGCUCUGUUUCUACAUCCCUGCUGUGAUCAUGAUCGGUUUAUACCUGAAAGUUUUCCAUAUUGCUCAGAGACAAGCAAGAUUAAUUCAGCAUGGCCAAAUGAAGUCUUCUCAGAGAGGUACAGCAGUGGGCAAGACGGAGAUAAAGGCUACCAAAACAUUGGCAGUUAUCGUAGGUGUAUUUCUUCUGUUUUGGUCCCCAUAUUUUAUCUGUGACUUAAUUGAUCCAUAUAUUCAACAUACAGUUCCAUCAGUUUUAUUUGACUUCUUUGCUUGGAUUGGCUAUUUUAAUUCUACUUGCAAUCCGCUUGUGUAUGCAUUCUUUUAUAGCUGGUUCAGAAAAUCACUCAGAAUUAUUCUUUUGGGGAAAAUCUUUAAGCAAAAUUCAUUCAGAAUAAAACUGUUUUGA